AUGUUUCUAACACAAUGUGACAUUUUAAGGGACAACGAAGCGCAGGCGUCGUGCUCUACCGUAGACGACAUUCCUAACGAAGUUCCUUCUGGAGCCGCUCUCGUCACUGCUACGAUGACAGAAGAGGCGGCACCGCGGAAGGUGAAACGCCGCACCAAAAGGUCUUCCUCCACGCAAAAGGACUCUGGCCAAAAGCGG